GGUGACAGUUUAUCGAAGGAGUUGGCGCUGUGUGUUGCGUUCUCGGUCCGUCUUUUCGUCUCGAUUGCUCCAGUUUAUCCUCUGGAAUCGCUCGGUGUUGUGCUCGCCUCCCCGUCCGGAUCAGUCCAACUGCAAUCAGGCUAUCUCGUGCGUGGUCUCGAUUCCGUGCAAAAUGCUGUGGUCCGCCUCGGCCAAGUGUCUUCCCGCUGGCGAUGUGACUUUGUGAAAGGUGUUUCGCUUGUUAUUGUGCCGCCGAGCCAAAGAAAGUUCUGCAAAGCGCCCAGCUUCCGCGGCCCGAGCGGAUAAUCGCAUCUUGUGCGCGCCCUUGAGUGGUUCUCGUUUCGAAUUGGAAAUUUCAAGUGAAUCCAAGUGCCAGUGCGAGAAUUGGAGAGGAGUUUUCAGUUGAAGUGGUUUCGUGUGUCAGGAAGUGCAUGAGGCAUCGCGCGAAGGGCCCAGUUGCAUCACGAAGACCCUCUUGAACGACGUGGAGUGAGCAGUGUCCGUGGGCAGGGAAAUCCGCACGGGAAAAUGGCUAUGGCUGACAAUUUGUGGCGCGAAUGUGCCGCCUGGCUGACGCGCUGCAAGGUGAUCCCGGCGGACCACAAAGCCAACUGGCCCGACUCCGAGAUCCGGGUGCUGGCCUUGACCCUCCGCGAUGGAGUGCUGCUCUGCAAUCUACUCACGUUCCUGGAGCCGAACUGCCUCGAUACCAGGGACUUCCAUAGGAAACCGCAAAUGGCUCAGUUUUUAUGCAGCCAAAAUAUCAAAUUGUUCUUGGAAACAUGUAAAGCACAUUUUGGAAUCAAGGACGCGGAUUUGUUCGAGCCUGCCAUGCUUUACGACUUAACAAACUUCCGUGGAGUGCUGAUAACAUUAUCAAAAUUGUCACUGUGUAGAAGAGUGCAGCAGUUGCAUCCCAAUAUUCCGGGCUUCCAUGCACAACUUUCGCCAAAUGAACGAAGUCAUUCCGACGAAGCAAUUUACAGGGAUUUGCAUUCAACACCGUCAUCAUCAUCACUACCGCAAGAGUCAUCGUCCAAUCACAAACCUGCUCCUCCUGAAGAAUCAAACGAGCAAACUGUCGAGAAUCAAACCACCCCAAAAAGUGGCUCAUUAUCCGUCGAUGAAGAAAAUAGUGAUGUAACAACGACCGAGAAUGGAACAGAUACAGGCGAUGAGACGGAUGAGAAUAAAUCGUCUUCGGUGCAUAGUAACAAUGAAACUCCUGUCGGUAACAGCAGCAAUUUACAAGCAACGACAAUAACAACGACAACCCUUUCAAUAAUUCAUGGAGAUAGUCCUGAAGAGCUGACUUGUACUUGUCACAAAAAGGAGCAGGAGAAAGUCUACGAGCGUUUGUGCUAUCCGAAAAUCAAAAAGGACGAGUUAACAUCAUCAUCAGGCCUAGAACAACGAGACUAUGUCAUACGAGAGCUAAUUGAUACGGAAUCGAAUUACAUAGACGUUUUAAAAUCACUCCGGGAGAAGUUCAUGAUGCCUAUGAAGUCCCAUUUGAGUCGGGAGGAGAUCAAUAUAAUAUUUCCUAAAAUCAAUGAAUUAGCUGAAAUUCAUCCGCAAUUCUUACUUAAGCUACGUGAAGCCGACCUCCCGCAUACAAAGUUGAAACUGAGUCAAGUGUUUUUAGAUUUUCAGGAGCCAUUUCUCAUUUAUGGUGAAUAUUGUUCGAGUUUAAGUAAUGCAACUGAAACGCUUAUGGAACUCUGUAAAAAGAAUUCUAGGAUGGAUCAAUUAGUGCAGCAAUGCGAAAAAGAGUACAACGUAGGCAAACUCCAGUUAAGAGAUAUUUUAUCUGUGCCAAUGCAAAGGAUACUCAAAUAUCAUUUGCUACUCGAUAAAUUAGUUAAGGAGACUUCAACACAUCAUGAGGACUAUCGGGGCCUCGAACGUGCCAAAGACGCAAUGAUUGAUGUUGCAAAAUACAUUAACGAAGUCAAACGAGACUCGGAUCAUUUAGUUAUUAUUCAAAAAGUUAAGGAUAGCAUAGUAGACCUUCAACUACCUAACGGCAACGAUCUUCAACAAUACGGACAUUUACUGCUGGAUGGCGAGCUUCACAUAAAAGCUCACGAAGAUCAAAAAACCAAACAACGUUAUGCAUUUAUCUUUGAAAAAAUCAUGAUAUUAGUAAAACCAUUAAAUGGAAAAUCAAACGAUGUUCAAUAUACAUUUCGGGAAUCUCACAAUUUGGCUGAAUACCGUGUAGAGAAUGGUCACUCGCGACGUACAUUGGGGCGUGACUCGCGUUUUAAAUAUCCCCUGAUUUUAGCACGAAAAUCUCAAAAGGCAGCUUUUACUUUAUAUCUGAAAACCGAACCGGAACGUGAUAAAUGGCGAAAGGCAUUGAAUGAAGCCAUGGAGAAUUUAGAUCCACCUGGAUGUAGGAAUACAGAUCAUAAAUUCGAAAUACAUACAUUUACUGUGCCAAUACGUUGUCAACAUUGUACAAAGUAUCUUAAAGGAAGAAUACAUCAGGGCUACCGUUGUAAAGUCUGUGAUAUUGCUGUAGAUAAAGGAUGUAUUUCAUCGACAGGACGCUGUAGGCCUAAUUCCGUUAGUUUACCUCCGCCCGUUUGUGAUAGACAGCUCUCAGAAUUUUAUUGGUUCGCAGGCACAAUGGAUCGUGAAACGGCAGCUGCUAAAUUAGAAAAUCGUAAAAUAGGAACAUAUUUAUUGCGCGUUAGACCCCAGGGUGCAUCGAAUCCUAAUGAAACAAUGUACGCGCUUAGUUUGAAAACUGACGAUCGUGUGAUAAAACAUAUGAAAAUUAAUCAAAAACGUGAUUCCGAAAGUGUAGUUUACUGUCUUUCAACGCGAAGGCAUUUUAGGACAAUUGUAGAAUUAGUCUCUUAUUACGAGAGGAAUGACCUAGGUGAAAAUUUUGCUGGUCUAACACAAACUCUAAAAUGGCCUUACCGGGAAGUCAUUGCAACCGCAAUAUAUGAUUUUGAACCGAAAGGCAACAACCAGCUACCAUUGCGGCAAGGAUGUCAAAUUAUUGUUAUUGGAAAGGAUGGAGAUAGCAAGGGAUGGUGGCGAGGGAGAAGCGGCGAUUUGGUUGGCUAUUUUCCUAAGGAAUAUGUUUUCGAGCAUGUACAAAACAACGAGCACCUAUGAUAUUAUAAUUACAUUGUCUACAUAAACAGCAACAAUAGUGUUCCAAGCGACCAUCAACGGUAUCGUGAUAGUAAUGGCCAUAGCUAUCCACAGCAGCAGAACAAUUUCAGCAACACGAGCAGUAGUAGCAACAGCAACACUAGUUAAGUAUAAAAUAGAAGCACGUGGGGAAAAAGAAGAAAAUAACAACCGAUUAGGCUAGUUCAAGAAGUUGUCAUGUGGUUGUUGAAUUUGAUGUUCACGGGACUUUGCCACGAAUUAAGUUUAAAGGUGAGAUUACUUUUUCUUUCUAAAUUGAUGGCAAAACAUAAUUUUCUUCUGGUAAAUACAUAUGCCAGUAAUAUCGAA